AAUUCCGCGUACGUGUUAACAAAACUGUCUGUCAUGCCGUUGCUCACGACUCGAGACAGCCUUUAGUAGAAUUUUUAAACCAUCUGGACAUAUAACGUUUUGGGCUAUGGAAUCUGUUUUAAACGAGACUAGCUCAACCGAAAGAAAACCAGAAAAAAAGUCCUACACAGGUUACAUAAUCACGGGCACUCUAGCAGGUAUAGUGUUUGGUAUUCACCUGAUAGCCGGCCCCUUUAUCACUCCAGCACUGAGAAGGGUGUGUCUGCCAUUUGUUCCAGCGUCAGAGGAACAGGUGGACAAUGUGUUCCGGAUGUUAAAAGGAAGGAAGGGAAAAUUCGUAGACCUCGGCAGUGGAGAUGGCAGGCUCGUUAGAGAAGCUGCUAAGAAGAGCUUCACCGCUCAUGGAGUUGAAAUGAAUGUAUGGUUGGUAUUGUAUUCAAAAUUCAAAGCUUCAAGAGAGGGUCUAAGCUCAAAGGCUACAUUUAGCAGAACAGAUCUCUGGAAACACAGUCUUCAGCAGUAUGACAACAUUGUAAUAUUUGGAGUUCAGAGCAUGAUGAAGGAGCUUGAAAAGAAGAUCAUUGCAGAGUGUAAAGAUGAUGUAAGAGUUGUUGCAUGUAGAUUUCCAUUACCAAACAUUGAACCCGAGGCAGAAAUUGGAACGGGUGUGGAUACUGUGUGGCUAUAUAAAAUACCGAAAAUGUGAUUCCGAAUUCUUCUCAUAUACAAUAUGAAUUUUAAGUAUUUGUGUUUGUCAGCCAUAAAUGAUAGAGCAAUG